AUGGAGCCCACAGCUGAGACUGUUUUGAAUUACCUCAAGGAGCAGAAUCGGCCGUAUAGUGUGACCGAUAUUUUCAACAAUCUCCAUAAAGCUAUAGGGAAGACGGUUCUUCAACGGGACUUGGAUUCGUUGGUUGGAUCCGGAGAAGUCGUCGGGAAGACAUAUGGCAAACAGCGAAUUUAUUACGUUUCCCAAGAAGGCGAAAUUGUGCCUCCGGAGGAAGAUGUGGCGGCGAUCGAUCGGGAAAUCGAGGCCCUCAGAGAAGAAAUCGCGAGCAAAGCGCAGCAUGUGAAAGAAUUGCGGACGCAACUGGACACCUUGAAGAGUAAUAUGUCUUUGGAUCAUUGUCGACGGGAAAUUGAGCGUUUCACAGAGCUCAACAAGAAACUGAAGAGCAAAAUCGAGAUAAUGGAGCCCCGAGAGGGAUUCGAGAUCGAUCGUGCGGAGCUUGCCUCCCUGACUCGGAGGAGGGAUAUCCUCUCGAAGGAGCUCAAGAAGCGAAAGAAAAUUUGUGAGGACGCUUUGAGCAUCGUUUUGGAGAAUUGUCCCCUUAAUAAGACGGAACUCGCCGACGAAAUAGGUUUAGAAGUUGAGCCGUCGUAAGCCGGGUCGAUGGCGUGGCGGAGACUUCCGGAACGUACACCGAGAGCGCCGAUCUCGCUUCCGGAGACUGCAUGUCAUUGACGGAUCAAUCCGUCGUCAUCCGAGGAACUGGAACUCCCGAAUAGAUCCGAGUCGAUGAUAUUCUUAAAAAUAAAUUUGUUUUCA